CAUAGCUCUAUAUAAGCCAUGACAAGUCCUUACUAUUAAUCACUCACAGUAUUGUAUUGUAUUGUAUUGUCUAGUGUACAUUGCAGUGAGUGCAUCAUGAAGAUGGGUCACUGCAAGAUUGUAGCAGUAGCUUUUAUUGUUAUGAUGCAGUUAUUCUCUUUGGCACCAGUUAUGGCUUGUAAUUAUUGUCCUCCUGCUAUUAAACCGCCUCCUGCUAAUAAGCCUCCUCCUGCACCAGUCAUGUCUCCUCCCAUGAUUCCCGUGGUGCCUCCUCCUGCACCAGUCAUGUCUCCUCCCAUGAUUCCCGUGGUGCCUCCUCCUGCACCAGUCAUGUCUCCUCCCAUGACUCCCGUGGUGCCUCCUCCUAUAUCUCCUAGUUCUGGGACAUGCCCACUUGAUGCCCUGAAGCUUGGUGCCUGUGCUGAUGUUUUGGGUGGGUUGGUGCACCUUUCUCUAGGUGACCCUUCUGUCAACAAGUGCUGCCCUGUGUUGCAGGGUGUGCUGGAGAUUGAGGCAGCAUUGUGCCUUUGCACUACCAUCAAACUCAAAGUUCUCAAUCUCAAUAUAGCUCUUCCUUUGGCCUUGGAGCUUCUUGCCAUUUGUGGAAUUAACCCUCCUCCUGGCUUCACCUGCCCAACUCUGUAGAUGGUGGCUUGUGAGCUUGGAAUGGAACAUCUCUUGUGUGUGUGUGCUUCGUCUUCUCUCAUUUCAAUUGAAUAAUCUCAUUGUUUGCCACCAUCUUAGGGUUUGAGAUUAUUUUAGCUAACAUUGGUGUUCCUUCUUGAGCAUAAAUAUUCAUUCAUCUCCAUUUCUUCAAAUAAGAUGAAGGCGUCAUUAUCCAACACCAGUUACUCCUUUCAGAUUGUGGGACUUGUUGUAAAAUGCUUUCUAGAGGAUGUAAUACCUUCUCUAAUGUUUUCUUUUCCAAAUCAUAAUAUAUUCUAUUGUAUUGGCUUGCA